GUUGAUUAUUAUGCCACCAAAUAUUGUUGCUUCUUCUUCUAUUAUUACCGCAGACGUUGCUUCUGUGGUUCCAAAAAAGGUUAAAAACGAAGAAAAAAGAGUUUUUAGUUGGGAAGAAGUAUAUUACUUUGUUUCUUCAAAUCAAAUAAAAUGCAUUCAUCGUAAUGAACAAGUACAAGCAAUAUAUAACCAAUGGAUGAAGGACACUUUAGAGAAAUAUGGUUCAAUCGAAAGUUACUUAUUAUCUACUAAAUUAAAAGAAUUUGUUAAUACUACUACUACUACAGAAGUAGUAAUCGAUCCAUAUCGGCCCAAGGUCAUUAUUCUUCCUAAUGACUUUCCUUAUUCAGUGGAUAAAGGGAUUCAACAUAUCUUGCUUUGGUCACAGACUCCAUUAGCUCGUAAUUAUAUAGAAGAGACCUUGGAAUCAAAUUACGGUCGUAAAUCGUAUGAAUGGGUCUAUUUUGUAAAUCCAUCUGAAAUUCAAAGUGUACGUAAAUUACCUCAUGUUCAUGUCUUUUGCGUUCUCGACAUUCAAUCGGAUCACAGAAAGAAAAAUAAAAUGUAUUAUUUAAUAAAACACAGAAAGGGAGAGAUUUGUUUUUUAAGUUCAAGUGUAACGUGA